GUCGGGUGCUCAAGUCAAGUGGGCAAAAUUGUUAGUUAAGAAAACAUGGCUGGAAGACCGGGUUACAGUGCAGUGAUUUUUCUAUACGUAGUGAGUGUGGCGGUGAUUGCAAGGGCCACGGAUAAUAUGCCCGCUAAUAAGGAUGUAUCAAAGCUGUUUCCCCUCACUUUGAUUCACAUAAACGACUUGCAUGCAAGGUUCGAAGAGACCAAUAUGAAGUCCAACGCUUGUACCCAGAAGGAUCAAUGCAUUGCCGGAAUCGCAAGAGUUUAUCAAAAGAUCAAGGAUUUACUCAAAGAGUAUGAGAGUAAAAAUCCGAUCUAUCUCAAUGCGGGUGAUAACUUCCAGGGAACUCUGUGGUACAAUCUUCUAAGGUGGAAUGUGACGGCGGAUUUUAUUAAAAAGCUUAAACCGGCUGCCAUGACUCUAGGAAACCACGAGUUUGAUCAUACACCGAAAGGAUUGGCGCCUUAUCUGGCAGAACUGAAUAAAGAGGGAAUUCCAACCAUUGUUGCAAAUCUAGUAAUGAACAACGACCCCGAUUUGAAAAGUUCAAAAAUUCCAAAAUCAAUAAAACUUACUGUUGGUAAGAGGAAGAUAGGUAUAAUUGGUGUCCUGUAUGAUAAAACGCAUGAGAUAGCCCAAACGGGAAAGGUUACUUUAUCGAAUGCCGUAGAAGCGGUGAGACGAGAGGCCGCUGCAUUGAAGAAAGAUAAAAUCGAUAUUAUUGUGGUCUUGUCCCACUGUAGCUACGAAGAGGACAAGAAAAUUGCAGCUGAAGCCGGUGACGAUAUCGAUGUAAUUGUUGGCGCGCAUUCGCAUUCGUUCUUAUAUUCACCGGAUUCCAAACAGCCGCAUGAUCCAAAGGACAAAGUAGAAGGUCCUUAUCCAACGAUUGUAGAAAGUAAAAACAAACGGAAAAUUCCAAUCGUGCAAGCAAAAUCAUUCGGUAAAUAUGUUGGUCGAUUGACGCUUUACUUCGACGAUACAGGUGAAGUGCAACACUGGGAGGGUUAUCCUGUGUUCAUCGACCACAAGGUUCAACAAGAUCCACAAAUUUUGAAAGAUCUGGUGCCUUGGCGCGAGAAGGUUGAAGCAAUCGGAUCAACCGUAGUUGGUGAGACUAAGAUUGAAUUGGAUCGAGACUCCUGCCGCGAUCAGGAAUGUACAUUGGGUGUUUUGUACGCUGACGGUUUUGCUGAUCAAUACACGAAUGAUACCUUCAGACCGUUUGCAAUCAUUCAAGCAGGCAAUUUUCGGAAUCCGAUCAAAGUUGGAAAGAUUACGAAUGGUGACAUUAUCGAGGCCGCACCAUUCGGUUCCACAGCGGAUCUGAUUCGAUUGAAGGGUGCUGACAUAUGGGACGUGGCCGAGCAUUCAUUCGCGCUGGACGAUGAGGGUCGUACAAAUUGCUUGCAAGUAUCGGGACUGAGGAUUGUUAUCGAUAUCAGUAAGCCGAUUAGGAGUAGGGUAAAGAAAAUUGAAGUUAUGGACUAUACAAAUCCCAAGUCUGAUGAAUUGAAACCAUUGGAUAAACAAGCAGAGUACUACAUAGUUGUCCCAUCAUAUCUGGCCGAUGGAAAAGAUGGAUUUUCUGCAAUGAAAAGGGCGACGGCAAGGCGAACUGGUCCUUUGGAUUCCGAUGUUUUCAAAAAUUAUGUGGAAAAAAUUAAGAAAGUAGAUAACCUUAAGUUGGGUAGAGUAAUAGUUUGUAAGGGUUCGAAAUGUACUUAGUGACCCAAUAAAAGACGUUCAGCCUGUAUAUUCGACAUAA